UGGUGAGCGCCUCUGCUGGCCUUCGAGAUGGGCUUGACUCCUUAGCCUUGAUUUCUUCAAUUGUCCCUCCGCAUAUCAACUUUUAUUACAGAAACGCCCGUUCGCGAUGACAUUUGGAGGUGCAUUGGCAGAUGAGGUCAGCCAGGUGAUUUCAGAACCGGUUCCUGUGCAGGCUGACCGGCUUGCAAGCUUCAGUUCCUGUGCAGUACAGUAAAGCAGUGUGCUUGGUCAGUGGAUUGCAAUGAAACCAGCUCAGGAGCGCAACCAGGAGUGCCUGCCUCCAAAGAAGAGGGACCUUCCGAUUAGUAACAGCAGUGGAGCUGGAGGGACAGGGGGAGGUGGGGCUGCAGCAGGAGGUGGGGGCAUUGCUGGUGGUAGUAUUGGAGAAGAUGAAGUGGUUUCCACCCAGAACUCUGCACCCAACAGUGACACUCAGGGAGCGACCCCAUCAGCAGAGUGGCUGCGACCGCAACCAGGGCUUCAUUAUGGAGUGGAAAAUUCAGACGGCAUACCAGCAGUGCCCGUUGACCAAUACAGUAUGCUCUACAAAGUGGCCCUUCCAUCUGUUACCUACGCACCCACCAGUCUUCACCCAGUGUUAAGUCACAUCUCUCCAGCCUAUACCGUACACUCUCCUCUCCUGCAGCAUCCAGGCCUUCCCUAUCCUCCUCUUGGUUAUGCACAGAUCCCUCAUUCCUCUCUGCAGUUUGUUAGCUCCCCUUAUGCAGCGUUACCCUAUGCUCUACCCCCUGGCUUUGUCCCGGGAUCAUUAAUCUCUCCCUCAGGCACCAUCCCUCAGCCUCAUGCUGUGUCCCACCUGGUUCCUUAUCCAUCUGUCAUACAGGAAGGUGUUGUUUCCCCACCUCCCCAGACCCAGGUAGCUGCUCAUACCUUUGCCAAAGUUGCAGCCUCAAGUGGUGUCCCACUGAUGCUGCCUUCAGAGCAAGCUACCCAGCAGCACCUCAGUACUGUUGGAGUCCUGCCUGCAGCAGAGCUCAGCUCUCGAGGGAUGCCAGUCUUCUACCAUCCUCAGGGUGCCAGGGCUACUGCCACCAGAGACUCUCACAGUUCCCAGCAGGAGAACGAACCAGAGAUGAAUGGAGGGGAUAAAGAGCAGGGAGCCAGGGAGGUUGUACCAGAGUCUGCCUACACUGCCAGAAAUGCACGUCUGCCGCAGGUAGCAUCCAGCUCUGCAGCACAGGAACAUAGCCAAGACAAAGUCCUGCAGAACCGAAGGCUAGAAGAGAGAAGCUCACCUGGUCAGCGCAGCACUCCAGACAGUGACCUAGAGGUGCAGCAGGUGGUUGGACGUUUGACUUCCUCCAGCCAAGGAGGUAGUGGAGUGCGGAAAGAAGUCUCCUUUGCUCCCUUGAACCUCUCUCAGGGCGGCCAGAGAGCCAGAGAUGUCCAUGGAGAGAGCAAAGGUAUAUUUUCUGCCCGCACUGGGUACAUGGCCCAGCCAGCGAGUUACAGUGAUCACAGAGUAAGUAGUUUGCCGCAACAAACAGGACAACCAGGCCAUGCAGUCAUGCUGGCCAAUGGGCAGCCGGUUCUUAUUCCUCUGGAGUAUUCCCCGCACCAACCACCACAGCAACACUACCCAGGACAGGCUAAUGAUGCCUCAGCCAGCCAUGCUUCUACCACCAUGGCCUCCUCUAGCUCAAGCUUUAAAGCCUCCGAUUCUUCAGCCAGAGUGUGCCUCCCUGAAAGGGCAGAGCCAACCACAGCUCAGCAGCAGCUUCCCCUGCAGCCUCCGGUCCAGCCUACAACAGAGGUGACUCAGGCCUUAGCUUCAAGCCUCACUCCUGCCUCGACUCCCUGCAACCCAUCGCACUUCAUGAAAGGGGCAAUUAUUCAGCUGGCUACUGGGGAACUGAAGCGUGUGGAGGACUUGCAGACUCAGGACUUUGUGCGUAGUGCCGAGGUGAGUGGGGGGCUGAAGAUCGACUCCAGCUUGGUGAUGGACAUCCGUCCUAGCCAGCAGAGACCAGGUCUAGUGUCACUUCAUUUUACUGUGGGGGAGCAGCAGAGCAAAGUGACCAUAGAUGUGCCCCCAGAGCACCCCUUUUUUGUGUUUGGCCAGGGAUGGUCAUCUUGCAGCCCUGAACGUACGGCACAACUCUACGGCUUGACCUGCCAUCAUCUGCAGGUUGGAGACAUGUGUGUGUCCAUCACCCUGCAGCAGCAGCUUCAGCCACAGCAGCAGAAACAACCACAGCACCAUCAUUCACAGCAGCAGCAACAACAGCAAAACCUGUCCAGGACUUUGAGUAAAACCAGUGCCACUGGACCUGGUCACCAGCUCAUGGGGCCUCCUGCCCCUCAGCAGUCACGGCCUCAGUCUCAUUUUAGGAUGGACCGCAUCCACAGAGAAAGACAGAGGGAUGGAGAGAAAGAGGUGGUUGAUAAGGAGGAAGCCACACAUUUGGGGGUUGUUGGACACACCGAGAUACCCAUCAGACCUAGUAGGACCUCAGCAGAUCAUCCAAGAAGCCACAGCAGUUACCACUUGCACACAGAGGGCUCUGCUUUUGCAGAGGCUGGAAUAGGAGCAAUGCAAGCAGCACUAGGUGCCUCUCAGAGGCGGUGGUCCUCACCUGGCCUCCAAAGAUACAGUAUGAAGGGAGAAGAAGGGCCUCGCCCUGAGAUUAUCACCUCUGGCCACACAAGGCCUUCUUUCAUCACCCAGGAGGUCAAACUGUCCAUCGAGGGGCGCUCUAAUGCAGGGAAGUAGCAUCACAUUUGGUAGCAACUAUAGAAGAGACUGCCACGAGUAAGAAUACGUUUCACAAGGAGAGAAAGAGGGGAAAAAAGUGCGAAUGUAGCCUCAGAAUGUUUGAGAUUUUGCACACCCUAAAAUAUACAACAAAUACACGAUUGAUGUCUAUCUGGUGAGAAGUUAUGGUUUGGUUUUCACUCAGCCAAAGGAUACGAGCCUUUGGUUUUCCAGCCAGCUGAGGUCUUAUGGGGAUUUGAAAAGCUGAGUAGAAAGUAUGUAGCUGAUGAAAUGCCUACCAUAGUCCUUAGACACUGCAUUUCUCUUCCUCCCUCCUAUUGUCUCCACUUCCUCAUAUAACCAUAGUUGGAGGUUACCAUCACUUUCACUCUAGCAUUCUAGCUUCUUUUUGACCAAAUGGUCUCUUUGGAAGACCACAGACUACAAAAAUGUGUGUGUAGCGCAGUGAAGCUACCAACUCUGCAGGUUCUGAUGUAUUAAUACGAUCACGGAGUGUGAUCUUUUAUCUCCUCCACUCCUAAGAUAAAUAGCAUUUACCCAAAAAAGAAUGGAACUGCUGACAGCAGCAGCUCCUGUGGUGAUGUUGACGCUGUCAAUAUAUGUUACAUUAUGCUUCUCCAGCAGGAGUCUGUUAACCCGUCAGCAGAGAUACUCUCUCCUCUACUUACUUUUCAGUAGGUUGACCUGUAAGAUUGGGAUCCUCCUCUCAUGCCAAAUGUGGAAUAUCCCACUUGUCUUACAAUCAAAUAGUGAUAAAUCAAUCAGUUUGUCUGUUCAGCAAUCAAAGUCUUCUUUCAUUAAACACCCUCGUGCCCUCUGGUUUAGGCUCGGGGCCCUAAUUUAUGUGGAUGCAUUUGCAAAAACGCAGACGACUGGAAUCAUAAUUUCUUGUUGUCAGUGAUAAUAGAUGUUUUUGCAUUCCAGUAGUGGUGCAACGGAUCACUAAACUCUCGGAUCGGAUCAGUCCUCGGAUCAAGAGUCACGGAUCGGAUCAUUUUUCGGAUCAGCAUGUCUAUGACAUAUACACAUAUGUCGAAAAUAUUCGGAGCUCGUCUCUUCCCUUCGCCUUCGGCCCACUUCGGCUCAUCCCGUCGUGUUCGGCUCAUCUCGGCUCCUCCUUUCGUGUUUGUAAACACCACCCGAAUGGCCAGGUUGCUGCCGACUCUGACGUCACGCUUCACUUCGUUACAUAAACACAAGACAAGAUGCUGAAGACCUCCGCUGUUUGGGAAUUCUUCGGUUUAACUGAAGACAACACGAAGGCAAAAUUUGGACCUGAGACCAGACGAACGGAUCCGAAUAUUCGGGCCGUCUCCGCCACAAGCAGCAUCCCCCACUGCCGCCGCGGCCCCCCCGGGCAGUCUCCGCCACAAGCCCCGCUCCCGCCCCCGUCGGACGUUAUGGGACGGAACAAAUAUUUGGAUAUUCGUCUUUAUUAAUAGGGCCCGAAUAUUCGGAGGCCAGAAACCACUAUUCGGGCCAGCCCUACUCGCCAUGUCUGCUCUCUUCCUUUCUCCGCUCACCACAAGCUGCGUGCGGACGGAGCACAACUUUUUUUUUUUUUUUUCCCCCCAGAAAUCGAUCCGCGGGUCAUGUGUGUGCCGAACCGAUGACGUCGAUCCGAACUGAUCACGGAUCAAUGAUGAUCCGUUGCACCACUACAUUCCAGUGUCAUCAGUGAGACUAUCAUUUAGAGUUUAACUUUUUCACCAUAGAGAAUCAUUUCCCAUCUGGAGCGACGCCCUCCCCUUCCCCUCCUCGCUGUACCUCAGAGCUUUCCCAACCUCACAGAUGAAUUCUAAUGCAAUUUUAAAUGGCGUCAUUAAUGGAGGAGACACUGGGUGGAAAUCACCAAAGCCACCUGUGGGAAUGAACCAGAGAGACUUUUUCCUGCCACAUCACUGGCUGCACUGCCACAGGAACCCCAGGGUGGGAGGACCUUGUUGUUUGCCUCGGAGAGAAUCCCUGUGUGUGAGUGAAGCAGUGACGAAGUGUUCUCCUUGUUCUAAACUUGAGUUAGUCUUCAGUCACUUACCAAUAUUAAAGCAAUAGUUGUUUUGACAGCAUGUGUUGCUCCAUACUCCCCUCCUCUGGGAUUUCUUUAUCGUGGGCUGUCGUACAUCUCUGUACAUCUGAGGAGUGCGAUCUGAAAGUCUCACCCUUCAGACCUGACUUUUAAAGUGGUGGACUAUGUUGGUGUUUAUUUUCUUUGAUUUAAUAAUUCUGCAUGAGAAGCAGCUUUCUCAAAACAUCAUUUUAGAUUAACUCCAUCUCCCUGAUGAUAUUUAAUCUUGUGGAUUUACUGAAGUCCAUCAGAGGUCUGACUCUUAGUUUCUUUUUGAUCUAUUUUGUUUCAAAGUAUACAGUCCUUUGCUUUUGUACAAGGGUUUCCUUUAUCCAGUGGAUCUUAAGAUUGUCUUGUUGCACUUCGCAGAUGUCACCCACUGAUUUCACACUGACCUUGAAAUAGGAAUCACAGUACACUAGAUGUGUUUUUUUAAUGAAGGGAAUAUGUUUGAAGUAGUGUUGUUGGUGUUUUGUGGCGAAAGAAAAAAAAAACUGACUCGCAGUUCUAACUCUGUUUACAAAUUAGCCAAGAUGAAUGCUGCAGUUUCUUCCUUCUUCUCACAUAUUUUUACCUAUGUCGCUGAAAAAAAUCCAAAAGGGGGAAAUUGAAAAUAAGUGCAAUUAGAUCACAAAUGAAAUCAUUCAGAGGGUAGUCAGACGACAUUCCUUAUGCAGACAUUCCUAUCAAAAAGUGUAAGUCACACAAUAGCGGAUUUCUUUUUUUCUGCCGCAGACCUUUGGACUCUCUGGCAAAACAUUGAAACACUUUUGAGUAUUUCAUGCAUUUUCUAUCGUAUCUCCUCUCGCUGGAUGUGCUCAGACAGGUAUACCAGUUAGUUACACGGUUGUCAGUUUUGUGUCCUGUACUUGCAAACCUUUGAACCAGCUCGUCCAUCACAGACGGACACUGCUGUGUGUUUGUGUCCCUUAACUCCUGGUGGUUCAUUGAGUGUACAGCCUGACCUUCUGUCAGCAGGUGGCAAGGACGCGAGACUAGACUGUCAUCUUCUCUCAGCGUGAACAGCUUUAAAGCAUAGGUUCACAGUUUUUAAGCUUGCCUUUAAACAACUCUUUUGUGCACAUAAAGAACAGCAAUGAUUUAACCGUUCCUCCUGUCCUUAGUGGCUUCGUAAAUAUUCCUUCUUGAUGCUACUGAAGCUGUCUUUCUGUGCAGUGAUGCAUAAUUCAGGAGACACAGUGAGACAAAUCAACUGAGUAGCUCUCAAAGUUGUAGUUAUUGUUAAUUCAUUGAACGUUUUGAUUCCUCCUGCUGCUCAGCAUCAAAAUCAUGUGCAGGGGUAAACAACUUCACAUUAUAAUAAGCACCAUAUUAGCUUAAAUUUAGAAUGCAUUUAUUCGCAGGCAGAAACUCUAUUUUGUUCCCCAUCGAUCACCGAAACUGUAAUCUGCAAGGAAUCUUCUUAUGACCUGUGUGGACAGGAGAAAUUAUGACAGCUCAAACCUCUUAACAGUCACAAGGACCUGUUGAAUUGAGUGCAAAAUAGAUUAGCAUUGUCUAAAGAUAUAGUUAAAAAUAUUCCAAGAUUGUUCUCAGUUCAAAUGUUCAGUUCAUUUUAUGUACGUUAAGACUCAGAGGUCUGGAAUUUCUUCUGUUAUAAUCGACGUCAUUUUGGCAAAUAGUUGCAUCAUAAUUCCAUGAAAAAGUGUGGAUGUUAAGAGGUCAAUAACUCGUUCAGUGUGCAUAUGGAUAUGUUUGUGCAUGGAAAAAUGUGACCCUAUACUUACGAUGUUUUUUUACUACAGUUAACACAUCUCACUAUCAGACGCUCACCUUUUUUUUUUCUUUUUUCAUGCUGUAAGCAAUAUACAUACUAUACUAGCUAAAAACAUUUCACGUAGUCUGGGCAUGUUCUAUGCAGUAAACUCAGUAUUGAACCCUCCUUUGUCUUAAGUACGGCUUUCUGAAGCAGCAGGGCAGGUUGGCUGAUGCAGUCAUUUAAUGCCGAUGUCUGGUUAUAGGACUAUUUCCCUUUUUAUAGGAUUUCAAAGCAGUAUUUUUGCUUUGCCGCUUUCUAUUUUGCGCUCAGUGAUCCUUUUCUUUCCAAGUAUAGCACAGUGCUGAGUGACAGAUCAGUGGACUUUCAUUGUUUUCUUACGAUGCCACACGGUUGAAGCCAAAUCGCUCGAGACGUUUGUCCAGCGUUGUUUCGGCACGAUUGCCAAACCACUUCGACGUUGUACUUUAGGUCAAGAUACGUUUGACGGGAUUUAAAUGGUGCCAGCAGUGCCACCUGUGACUUUACCUCCUGUUAAUUCUCACAGCGAGACCUUGCUCUGCUACCACGAGCCUUUCUGUUCAUGCCCUCUGCUUUGAAAAGCGUUUAACAGGAAACGCAUAAACAAAGAUGUCUGAUCAUUUUUAUCCACAUCACUGAUAGUCUGUUGCUGUAAGUAAUUGCACUAAAUGCCCUCCUUUACAGUGUUUUUAAGAUGAAAUCUGUUGGUGAAUUGAAGCGUUUUCAAAAAUGUAAAGCACACAGAAUCAUGGAGAAAUCACAGGUUGUGUGUUUCUGUAGAUAGAUGUUUUGUUUUUUUUCUUUUUUUUGUACAGAUAGCUUUGAUGAUGCUUGUCGAUAAUGCCUUAAAUUCCGCUUUGUACAAUGUGUGAAACUGAGAUAAUGGAGUAAUGCUUCUGGUAGACUCGGUGUUCCCUUUUCAGGUUGCACAAGGGCGAAUCAGAAAUGUCAAGCCUCGACACUCUCAUCUUGUUUUUGAGCAGAAAUUCAGAUUUAGACGUCUCAAAGGGGGAAUCCUCUUUGGGCCCCAGACGCUUCAACAGUGAAAUCUGCAACUUUUUGUUUGCUUACUGUUCUUUCCCCCCCCCUUAGUUUUCUUUUCUGUUACAUUUUUAUGCAUUCUUUAUACUUACACUUAAGAUUUAAUUCCGGGCUUUUCAAUAUGUGGAAGUGAAAUAAAUGGAAGGUCCUCUCUGCAUUUUUUUUUUACCAGACAAAGCCAAGAGUGUCUGCAGUGGAGGGCAGUCCAUUCAUUCCACACACGCAUAGACAAACAUACACAGAUCUGUUGUUUUUAUUGUUGUUGCACAAGAUCUGUAGUUUCUUUUUAAAUCCCUAGAAUUAACGGGUUGUGUUUGGCAUCUCGUGCUCUGUCCCACACUGUCUGGACAACAGAAGGUGGGUUUGAAUAAAUGGAGACCGAUGGGAUGCAUAAAUGGAAUGGCUUUCCAUCGUCGGUAAUGUGACGGUUUAUUACGACGUUGCUAGUGGGAACUUUUGCGUGAACUCCUUCCCGUUGGUCCGGUGUCAAACCGCAAAGGUGAAUUUUGAACGGUUUUGGUGUUUCUGAUGUCGAAUUUAAAUCAGGAGAAUGGUUAAAAGUUUUAAAAGAAGUCUGUGUAUUUUCAGAUUUGACAUUGUACUUUUUAUUUUUCGCACAAGGUGACACUGCUUUUCAUGUGACAUGUAACUUAUCUAAAAAAAAACGAAACAAAAAAAACAGCAUCUUUUUUUUAAACGCCUAAAUCUGCAAAAUAUAUGCAAUUAUGUAAAUGUAACAUUCAAUCCUCAAGUAUAAUCCAGGUUGUAUGAACUUUGUAUAGUGAGUUUUAAUAUCGUAUGGCCGUACCAAUAUGUAUUGAUCUUUAUCAGAAGCCUUAGAGUUGUCGACCCAAAGUGCUCCCUUAGAAUACCCUACACCUACCUGACUUUAACAAAGCAUUAAUAUCUCUAUUUUGUUGCAUUUUUAUUUGUACCCUUUUUGAAUAAAAUAGAUUUGUACUGUAUAUUUGUACCUCUCUGUGAACUACUUAGGGCGGUUUUUUUGUUUUGUUUUUUUUGUUUUGCUGUUUUAAUUCUAUGUACUUUAAGGACACAAAGAUAUUGUAUUUUUAUUGUUACAGCUAACUUGGAGACAUUGCAUUUAUCAUGUUUGUUAAGUAAACACAAUAUAAUAUAUAUAAAUAUAUAUACAAAUAUAAAUAUAAACAAUUA